AUGUCAUCAUCCCAAAGGAGGAUUGAUCUGAACUCGAUCCCUAAAGAAUAUCUUCAGUCAUACCCCUAUCCAGCGUUUGUCCUAGUCGUACCUAUAUCCGAACCACCCACACAGGAAGCCAACGUAGCUGGACCAUCCUUCACACAUGUGGAGCACGAGGCUUUCCAACCAUUUGAAGUAGUAUGGUCCAACAAUAGAUAUAAAAAAUUCAUCCAAGGAAGUACCCUAUUAGAAUGUUUGGAUGUGGAAGGUGCGAGAAAAUUGGGGCGAUGGAUUGGGGGGCAAUGGACCGGAGGUCAGGGAGUACAGGACUUAAGAGGAGAUAGCAGUGGAAAGGGGAAAGACAAGGGACAGACUUUCGCAAGUGAUUUUACCAUAGAUAAUACCAUCGGCGAUGGAUCCGCACAACCUGAAGUGAAAGUAGGAGGAUCGUCCAGCAAAGGAAGUUCGUAUAGUCCUAAAACUGUUUUAGGGUCUUCUUUUCUCGACCAGGACGGCCACGAACCCAUCACCGAUUCAGCAUCAUACUUCUCAGGGAGUGAAUCUCUAUUGCUCGAUUUUGUUCACCCAUCAAAAGCCUGCUUCGAACUAAUCAGAACCGACUUACCUAUAUGGCGCUUGGGUAGAUCAGGCGGAAGUGGUAAAGCACCGAUGACCACGCAUACAUUCGUUAUAAUCACUACGAUACCUCGCUCAGAUCCAGAGAUCUUCCAACUCUCAGCCUCGUUCUCUGACCAGAAUGGAGAUCCUGGUACGUUCAUGCUGAGUCCACUCAAAGAGAAAUCAAGCUUCCUGCCGCCCCAAGACGAGUUACUGGCAACACCCGUCAUACCCAAAACGACUGUUCUGUCACCUUCUACUUCCCCUUCUCACAAAUCGCUCACUAGACCUAUACCAGCUGCUACCAGCUCUGAUCCCGCUCUCACCCAGAAAGCCGUGACGCCAACGGAGGAACUGAAUGGGUUUGAUUUUAUCUCGAAGAAGCCUGGAGCAAUAAGGUUUGGAAGGGAUGGAACGGUGACCAAGUCCAGUGGGGAAGGAAGAAGACAGGAUUUGACUGUAGAUGUGCAUGAUUUGAUGGAAUCCACCGAUUGGUCAAAGACCCCUUUAGGACCUAGAGAACAGUGGCCACAGAGCUUGAAAACUAUCGUCUCAUUGGUUUUGCAUUACCCACAUCAAUGUUGUUUAUGGUGGGGAAAAGAACUGACCUUGAUAUACAAUGAGGCGUACGCUCAGAUGAUGCAUAAACACCCUCAUAUAUUCGGUAUGUCCGGUACGAUCGCUUGGGCAGAAAUUUGGACCGCAAUAGGACCUUUGUCGGAGCUGGUUCUUAAUGGUACACCAGUAUGUAAAGAGGACGACUUUUUGUUGUUCAAGCAGCUCCCUCAUCAGGGUAAUGGAGUGAUAGAAGAAUAUCAUACAUGGAUGUGGGUUCCGGUCUUACAGGAAGAUGGAACUUUUGGUGGAUUGUGGAAUGCUACUAUAGCUACUACGAGUAAAGUACUAGCGGAAAGGCGGAUGGCCACUGUGCAAGAGAUGGGUCAGAGAACGUCUAUUGCAAGGACGAUGACGGAGUUUGACGAUGCUGUUAUCGAUAUCCUGACGGCGAACGCUCGUGAUGUGCCUUUUGCAGCUUUCUACCAUGUCGAUAUUCCCUCUUCGACAUCUCGACGUGGUUCAGGUGGAUCGGUUGAAGUGACCAGAGACGGUGAUCAAUCCGACAACAUCAGAUUGACUGUUCGAUUGGCAGGAGCGAUUGGUAUACCUGAUGAUCAUCCCACCACGCCUUCAAGUCUUUCUAUCAACAUUCGAACAAGGCUACGAAGCGAUGCUACUUCCUUCCGUACUGCUCCGAGAUCGCCAACAUCAUCAAUCUUGUCGUCCAUGUCAGGCGGACCAAUCCCAUCUGCUCCCCUUUCCGGAGAGGAGGGUAGCGACACGGCAGAAACGAAUCAGUGGCCUAUCCGAGAGGCUUUGGCCUCAAAUAGAUUGGUAAUGGUGGAGAAUUGUCAAGGACUGAUACACGAUUAUCCUAUUAGAGUGUGGGACGAGUUGCCGACCGCAGCGGUGGUAAUCCCAAUAGCGAAUGAGUCGGAUGAUGGUGUACCGAGUGCUGUGUUGAUCUUAGGAUUGAACCUCAGAAGACCGUUUGAUGAAGAUUACGAAUCAUUGCGAGUGCAAUUGGCAUCAGGUCUAGCCGCCGUGAGGUCCUAUGAAGCUGAGAGACAAAGGGUAGAGGAGCUGGCAGCCCUGGAUCGAGCAAAGAGCUUACUGUUUUCGAACGUCAGCCAUGAACUGAGGACACCCUUGACACUCAUCGCUGGUCCCCUCGAUGAUCUAUUGCAAGAGGCCCCAGAGGGCCAAAAGAAGGAUAACCUAAUCAUGGCUCGUCGGAAUGUCCGUCGACUGACACGACUUGUAUCGACUUUGAUGGACGUGAGCCGACUGGAAGCUGGUCGAUUGAAAGGUUCUUUCCAGCUUGUAAACCUUGGAAUGAUCACGCGGGAUUUGGCAGUCCUGUUCAAGGGUGCGAUGACUCAAGCCAGAUUGGAUUAUAACAUCGACUGUGAUCUGUCGUCUAGAGCUGUUUAUGUUGAUACAGAACAUUGGGAGAAAGUCGUUUUUAAUCUGAUAGGAAAUGCCAUGAAAUAUACGAUGGAGGGUUUUGUCUCUGUCAAACUUCGAUAUCAGUCGGGAGAAGUUGUUUUCACUGUUCAAGACAGCGGAGUUGGUAUACCUUCCUCGGAUAUAAACCUUAUUGGCGAACGGUUCCACCGUGUUCAAUCGGUCAGUCGGUCUCAUGAGGGUACAGGAAUAGGUUUGGCAUUGAUCAAGGAACUUAUCAAACUCCAUGGAGGACUGAUGGCUAUCGAAAGUACGACAGCAUUGGAAUCCCAAGACGGCACUCACGGUUCAACAUUCUCAGUAAGGAUUCCCCUCGGCACAGGUCACCUACCGUCCGAUGCGAUUGAAGAUGAACCAAUCGUCCGAAAUUCCCAAACCACCUAUGGUCAAGGCAUCCUCGAUGAGGCGAUGCAAUGGACUCGUGAGAGACGAAAUAGUACUGGUACCCCAAGUUCUGAAAUUGGCAGUGCUUUGGAGGAAACGAGCAGCCGAAGCUCCAGAAGCUUAGAUCCUAAUACACUGUACUUCAAGAAGGACGAUGUGAUCAUGCUUGUAGAUGACUCAUUGGACACACGUCGCUAUAUGAACUCCAUCUUCGCUCCUUUAUGUACAGUAAUCGAGGCUGGUGAUGGUCUCGAGGCACUGGAGAUGUGUGGGAAGCGUAUGCCCGAUCUGAUAAUUUCAGAUGUGAUGAUGCCCAAUUUGGAUGGAUUUGGUCUACUCGAAGCUCUCAAAGCGUCUCGAGACCUUUCGAUCAUCCCAGUGAUAAUGCUUACUGCUCGAGGAGGAGAUGAAGCGAAGGUGGACGGUCUUCUUGCUGGUGCCGAUGAUUAUCUUGCAAAACCAUUCAAUUCUCGUGAAUUGGUGGCUCGAGCACAUAUGCAAGUACAAUUGGGUAAAAGACGUAAAUCGCUGGAAGAUGCUUUCGAACAGCGGACCUCGGAAUUACGUGCUUUGACGGAAUAUUCUCCCGUGGGUAUCUUCAAAACCACUGAAGAUGGAACUGUCACAUUUACGAACAAAACGUGGCACGAGCUCUCCGGGUAUCCUGAAGAUGAACCAGUUGAUCGAUGGGAAGAAUUCAUUGAUGAGAGGUAUAGAGCGGAGAUGCUCGCAAACUGGGAUCGGGUUUUACAUGGGACAGAUGAAGAUAUCUGGAUCUCUUACGAUUAUCAGUUUACGAAUGGUAUUUGGGCGCAAUUGAAAGCGAUUCGGCUUGAUAAGAUGGGGGAUAGAGUUGCCGGAGCGAGAAUGAAGGGAAUACUUGGAUGUGUGCACGACAUCACCGAACGCAAGUUGAACGAAGAGUCGCAGAGGCUUCGGGUCAUCGAAGCUGAACAAAGGAGAAAAGAAGCCGAAGAAGCGAAACGACAACAAGAGCUUUUGAUAGAUAUAACGUCUCAUGAAAUCCGGAAUCCUAUCAGCAGUCUUAUGCAGAUAAGUUCCCUCCUACUCCAUCACAUGGCUUCUCGUCUAACAUCUUUGUUUCUUUACUGCUCUUCCUUAGUGAAAACCAAUCUUUUAUCCUUGCAGGAGCAGCUUGAAGCUGUAUAUGAAAAACAAGGGUCAUUCACCCCCACCAAACAGCUACUCAAUAAUAUCGAAGAAGACUUGGACGCUUUGGAAAGUAUCUAUCAGUGUGGACUGGCUCAGGAGAGAAUAUCGAAUGAUGUACUGUCUUUGGGGAAGAUACAACUUGAAAUGUUCGAUGUGGAAGUUGACAUGACUCGAGAGACGAAGAAAGUCAUGUCGAUAUUUCAGAACGAAGCUCGUAUGAAGAGAAUCAACCUUUCCUUGGAACUUGGAACAGGAAUUGAAAAGUUAGGUUUGACAACUGUUAAGACGGAUCCUGUGAGAUUGAAUCAGAUCGUGACCAACCUUUUGUCAAACGCAAUCAGAUUUACCGCAAUGAGUAGCAUUCGACGUAUCACCCUCAAGUACGAUGUCAGCUUUGAUCCACCAGUGAACGACGCUUGCGUCAUGCCUGGUCAACCCAAAUUGCCCAAAAGGAUGCUGGACGAUCAACCGAUAUAUCUAUACUUUGCAGUGACGGAUACAGGACCUGGUAUGACUGAAUCUGAACUGGAGAUGCUGUUCCAAAGAUUCUCUCAGGUAUCUUUGAAAACACAUACGAUCUUUGGAGGUUCGGGAUUAGGAUUAUUCGUUUGUCGACUGGGCGGUAAGAUAGACGUGACCAGUCAAAAGGGCAAAGGCAGUACUUUCCGAUUCUUCAUCAAAGCGAAGACAUGUCAAGCCCCUCCUAAGGCAAUCGAAUCCAACAAGGAAUCGAAGGAACUGAGCAAGAGAUCUUCGCUGAUCAAAUUGAAGAAAAAGGAUAUAUUCCAAUUUGAUGGCAAGAAACCUCACGUAUUGAUAGUGGAGGAUAAUUUGAUCAAUCAGACUGUUUUGGCUAGACAACUGAGACAUUGUAACAUCACUUGUGAUGUCGCAAGUAAUGGACUGGAAGCCCUGGAAAAGAUCCGAUUGGUAUCUUCGGUUGAUGUCCCGCAUGUUCAGCCGUUCGAUUGUGUUUUGAUGGAUCUCGAGAUGCCUGUCAUGGAUGGAUUAACGGCGUUAGAUCACAUAAGGGAGGAAGAGGCUGCUGGAAAGUUGAAGAAGAAUCUGGUCAUUGCCCUUACUGGAAAUGCCAGACAAGGUCAGAUAGACGAAGCGAAAGCAAGAGGAAUGGAUGAGGUCAUCAUAAAACCGUAUAGACUGGAUGAUCUGCUCCAGAAAGUAGAAGAAAUGAUGAAGAUCCGAAUCUCAGAAGCAUCGAACCCGACAUCACCUAAUUUGAAUAAUUAA